UCAUACAGUUCUAAUAGACUAAGCUAGCAAUCAAGGUCCUUCUCCUUUAGUUCGGUUAUGCAAUUUUAACUUGAUCGACUGGAAGUAAUUCGACACCACUAGAAUGAAGACAAUUUUCGUCGCAGGAGUUCUGAUACUCUGCAUUGGAGUAGCUUGCUCAGAGCGAGCAUUUCCACAGAGGAGUUUAGCUGCAAGAGCGGCUGCGCUAUCAGCUGAUGUAAGCCAACCUUACUGGUUUCUAGGAGCAUCCCGAAAAGGUGGAAGCUCCAUUCAAGCGAUUCAGGUACCUGUGCCAGCUGGGGGAUUUGCCUACGAUAGUGAUGACGAUGAUGAUGAAAAUAAUAAUGGGCAACAGGCGGUAUUUUCUCUCGUUCAGGACGAUGACGAUGAUAGCGAUGAUGACCAAGCCAAUGAGCUAAAUAUUGAAAACGAUGAUGAAGACUCUGAAAUGAAUGGAAAUAUUGUUGGGAUUCUUGCAUUCGACGAAGAAAGGGAAGUUGGUAAUUAUGAAAAUGAUGAUGAUGAUGAUGGCGAAGAAUCUGGUAUGGAAACUGCAAUUAUCCUGCCACGUUCAGCACUUAAGAAUAUCCCUGAUGGAAGCGUUGUAGCCGUGGUUGAUGACUCCGAGAGUACGGGUAGGGCUGUACGAAGGUAUUAUUAUAGAAGACGCAGGGGUGGUGGUGGCAAGCGAAGGAGACGAGGAGGAAAUCGCCGUCGUCGUCGUCGUGGAGGAAACAGAAGAAGGAGGAGGCCUUCAAUUCGUGUAGUUCGACCUUCAGGAACUAGAGGCAGCAGAGUUUCUAACCGAAGGAGGGGAUCAAAUGUGAUCCGUCUUUAGAUUAAUGAAUUGGGCAAAACGAAAUUAAUAAAAACGAAUGGAAUCUUAU